UUAAUUAAUUGUCAAACCCUUAAUACAAAUGAAUUAAUUAUCAUCACUUAUAACUUAUAAAACACCCAAACACACAUCUCAUUUUCAUCGAAACUUUUGCAUUUUCUUUAAUUUCUCCACAAAAUUAAAGUAAAAAUGGAUAAUCGAGACUCGACCGAACGUGGCUUUAAUACGCUUCAAGGAUGGGGAACCAGUAUCGGCGGAACCCUAGUGUUUCUUGUCUUGGUUGUGAUCGGCUUCUACCUGUACAUGAGGUGGAUAGUAAGCAGGCUAGCCUGGAUAAACGGGCCCACGGGCCCCGAUUCUACUAUCGUGGUCGUUCAUCAAAUCAACGGCUCGGAUGAUGCCAAUGCCACCUCAUCAUCAUCAUCCUCAUUAUCAUCCUUGUAUCCGCAGUUCGCGUACUCGGAAAUUGGGGCCCACAAGAUUAAAGAAUCUGACGCAUCGGCGUGCUCGAUAUGCCUGGCGGAUUACGAGGAGGCCGAUUUGAUUAGAUUGCUUCCGAGCUGCGGCCACCUAUUCCACGUCAAGUGCAUUGACCCAUGGUUGAUGCUUCAUCCCACUUGCCCCGUUUGUCGGAGUUCGCCAUUGCCGCCACCUCCGCCUCCUCCUCCUCCUGCUCCGCCACUUUAA